CAAUGGAGGGGAAGUCAGAGCCGCGAAUGCAAACGUAGGAAAUUCAAAACUUCUUGUUGCAGUUGAUAUCAAAACAUGGCGUGGAGGAUUGAACCGAGAGAGUUUAACGUUUUCCAACAAUGAGUCUCAUAACAUUUUCCAAAGAAAAGACUGAAGGGACUUUUACUUAAACAGCCAGGAGCGCCUGAAAUAGCUCCUCCCUCCUCGGCCGCGGUCUCUCUGUGUGCCUCGGGAGUAAACUGUUGGCUGGGACUCCCGCAGCUAAUAAUAACGACCACCGCUACCAUGUCGGUGUUGUCUCUUGCCAUUCUCCUGUUUUUCAGAGGCUUCACUUUUUCUGCAGCUGACAACUGUGAAGUGUGUGUGAGCUUUCUCCACAGACUCUAUGGCAGUCUGAACUCAGCCCACACGGAGCUCACUCCCGCGCUGGUGGAGGAAGAGCUGGUCCAGGCCUGCACCGUGGCCCAGGGGAAGGAGGCGAGGCUGUGUUACUACCUCGGAGCCAGUAGUGAUGCAGCGACACGUGUCACAGCGUCAGUCGCUCGACCCCUGGCCUCCCACGUCCCUGUUGAGAAGAUCUGUCAGCGCCUCAGCAGCAGAGACACACAGAUCUGUGAGCUCAAAUACGAGUCUCAGCUGAAGGACCUGAGCAGCGACGGGCUGAAUAAGCUGCGAGUUUUGGAGCUGAGGAACAUUUUGGCGUCGUGGGGGGAAGAGUGUCGAGGCUGCCUGGAGAAGCAUGAGUUCGUCAGCCUCAUCCAGAAGAAGGCACCGCUGCACGCUCACAGUCUGGAGCUAUGAGGAGUAGUUAGUGUCUUCUCCACGCACCCAUCCACACAGCAACAAGUCAACACGUGUCAUGCGCUCAUUAGUAUUGACUUAAUCAGAGUUUUAAUCAGAGUCAUUUAUUUAGAUAAAAAUCGCUGGCAUGCGCACUGCCAUCACUGUUGGUUUCUGAUCGUGGUGCCGAUGGUCACCACGCUGCACUGACCAACAUCCAUGAUGAAGGAGCUGAUACUGGUUUUACUCUGGUGCCAGUUUUCUUUUCCAAGUUCUAUUUGCAAAUAGUUUGACAUCCACAUCCAGCUGCUAACAUUUCCCUUUAGUACAAAAUGGCAAAAUGGUUUGCACUUAACAUGAACUUAACAGCAUUAGUUUGUAGUAAUGCUCAGUUUUAUCUGAAAGCUUCCAAAACAAGUGCAGAUAUAAUAACUUUUACACCAAAAAAAGCUCCUUUUUCUACACCUUACUUUGAGCUACAUUAUGCAGCCUGACAGGAGCCAUGGGGAGAAAUCAUCAUCUGGGUGCAUGAUUUACUGAUUCAUGCUCUCAAAUGACUUAAAUUCAUAUGUAUCAACAUAAAGAGUAAAACAUGACAGACACAAAUAGUGGCAAAUAUCUAUUUGUACAUAGUAAAAAAUGACAUCUUUACGUUUGCUUGUUUAUUUAUUACAUUUAUUUUAUAAAGCCAGUGAAUUCAUUUGAAUGGGUCAUUCGAUUUCAUGAUUGUUUCAGUUGUAUUUGAAAACACAACACAUUCAUUUCUGCCCACAAGUGAUUUUCCCUCUACGACGCCAUCCUGGUUUUACAGAAUCUACCCGAUCUGUUUUCCACUUCACAAAAAAAGCCAAACUUCUCAAACCUUUAACUUAAACACAAGCGCCUGUAGAAAACACUCCAGUUUGUCUAAAGACAAACACAGUGAGCCAGGAUGUGCUCACACAAUAACCACAGAGGAUCACAGAUCUGUCACACUUUUGAUGCUACACACUUCAGUUGAAAUCAAAGAAGCAAAAACGAAACAACAACAAAGACAAAUUUCGAAAGCUGUCUGAUGUUGUUACUUUCGGUUUGUGUGUGUGUGUGUGUGUGUGUGUGUGUGUGUGUGUGUGUGUGUGUGUGUAUACAGUGUAUGUGGGGAGAAAGAAAAGAAGGCAGCAAACUGUGGAUAAAUAUGGAGGAGAUAAAAGUACACAAAGAAAUAAAUAAAUAUCUACUAAUGCUAACACUUUAUCCACGACAAAUACACUGACAAUCAUAAUAAUAGUAAUGAAAACAAUAAUGUGUUGGGCCCAGACAGUGUCAGGUCUUUCUGUUCAAACACCUGUAUUGAAUUGUUAAUAAUUCCCACACUGUUCAUUCUCGACACUGUCUGUAACUGUACAGAUCAAAAUGUGCAAAUGUAACAAAAUAAAACAGGAUGAGUUCAUGUAACUGGUUUGUAAAAGAAAUAAAAAGCUUUAUCAACUAAAUACAUUAAAA